AUCGUGGAGAAAGUUAAAUGAUUUAGAAUUACUAUUAUGUAUCAAUGAUAUGAAAUUAAUUUUAUAUUUUAGUAAUAACAUGAAAUAAUAGAUUAUUUUUAAUUUUUCCGCCAGAAAAAUAUGGCUUCAAAGCUUCCUGUCAUGCGUGGUUUCAUUCUUCAAAUGUACAGGGGCAGCGCCAUAUUGACAAUAGGCGGCUGUACUUGAUGAAAAUGGAGGUGUUUGGAGUACAAAAUUAGUGUUCGAACAUUUAGCGAUGGUGAACGUUUUCAAACAGUGCAAUUACGAGUGGUUGUGGCUAUAGAUCGACGGAACGUCGCGUACUGUAACGAGUCGUUCAAGUUGUGUGUAGUAUAGAACUAGCAAUAGGCUUGUAGCGCCGCUAAUCCCUUUAGCAGGUCAUCUCAGAGGCUUCUGUAAUCUCGUUAACGGUAACUAGAUUUAAUUCUGGACUAAAGCUAGUAUAAGAGCAUGUCAGUGGUCAAAGUUAAUCACCACACCCAGCUUAAUACGAUGGUGGCCGUUGUGGGAAGUGUCAAAUUGUAGGUGUGUGUUUUUAGCGAAAUCGUAGGACGCGGCGUGAAUGAAUAUCGUGGCCCCAUCAAGUAGUCCACGACCAUGCAGUGUUGUCAAUCAGAUGAGGCUCGAGAACAGAAAAGAAUCAAUGCCGAAAUUGAAAAACAACUCCGUCGAGACAAGCGAGAUGCUAGGCGAGAGCUCAAAUUACUACUUCUUGGGACUGGAGAGUCUGGGAAGUCAACAUUUAUCAAACAAAUGCGAAUUAUCCAUGGCGCCGGUUACUCUGAUGAGGAUAAAAGAGGAUUCAUUAAAUUGGUCUAUCAAAACAUUUUUAUGGCCAUGCAAAGUAUGAUUAAGGCCAUGGACCUCCUUAAAAUACAAUAUGGAAAUUCUGCUAGCCAGGAGAAAGCAGAACUAAUCAAAAGUAUAGAUUAUGAAACUGUUACAACUUUUGAAAGUCCUUAUGUGGAGGCCAUAAAAGAUCUCUGGGGUGAUGCAGGAAUUCAGGAAUGUUAUGAUAGACGUAGGGAGUAUCAACUUACAGAUUCCGCCAAAUAUUAUCUUAGUGAUCUGGAGCGCAUAAAAGAUCCCGAUUACUUACCAACCGAGCAGGAUAUCCUGAGAGCGAGAGCGCCUACGACGGGCAUCAUCGAAUAUCCAUUCGAUCUCGACUCCAUUAUCUUUAGGAUGGUAGACGUAGGGGGACAGAGAUCCGAAAGAAGAAAAUGGAUUCAUUGUUUUGAAAAUGUCACUUCCAUCAUCUUUUUAGUAGCUUUAAGUGAAUACGACCAGAUCUUAUUUGAAUCCGAAAAUGAGAAUCGUAUGGAAGAGUCCAAAGCACUUUUCAAAACAAUUAUAACUUACCCAUGGUUUCAACAUUCAUCUGUAAUAUUAUUUUUAAAUAAAAAAGAUUUAUUAGAAGAAAAAAUAAUGUAUUCGCAUCUCGUUGAUUAUUUUCCAGAGUACGAAGGUCCGCAACGAGAUGCGAUAGCAGCUAGGGAAUUUAUCCUAAGAAUGUUUGUAGACCUGAACCCAGACAGUGAAAAAAUUAUAUACUCACAUUUUACUUGUGCCACAGAUACGGAAAAUAUAAAAUUCGUCUUUGCGGCCGUAAAAGAUACAAUCUUACAGUCGAAUCUACGCGAGUACAACCUGGUCUAGUACUACUUAUCAUGGUUUUGUACUCUCCUGGAGGUUGAUUUUACUGAAGACGCCCCGGCCUAUAAUCAGCCAGGGUUUACAACUUGUUUCGAACAUGUUUUCUAUAUUAUUAUUUUGGAUGUACGGAACACCGUAAAUAAUUUUUAUUAAGCAUGGUUUAAACAAGUUUUAGACAUAAUGAAAAUAAAACCCUGUAUACAGCUAAAAAUAGCCAGAGCCGGGACCAACAAAAUGUUAAAAUGUGAUCUGUCCACCACUUCUUAGUCUACGGGUCUUUUUAGAAAAAUCUAAUGAAAACUUGUCCUCAAAAAAAAAAGAACAACGUGAAAAAAUGUAUGUGUCCGACAGUGUGUGUAACACUUAGCCUAGUGUACCAUUGGUGAAGAUUGAUGGAUUUUUUUUUAAAACAGUGCGAUAACCUACAAAACGUGACUUUUCAGUAUACUGGGUGUGACAAUAAUUUUCCUUUUUUCAAUAUCUUAGUAUUUAUAUAUAGUUUUUAUAAUAGUUUCAUGAAGUAGUGAUUUUAAUUAACAAUUCUCCUUGUGGAAAUCUGCCUAUUUUGUUAAACGAUUGUAGGUUUUCCAUAAACAUAUCUGCUUUCCUAGUUAAUUUUCACCGAUAUAAAAGAGAUACAAAUAUUUUGUGACAGACGCAGAUUUCAUAUAAACUUGCAGAUAUUUUAUUAAUUAAAUUAUUGUGGUGGAGAAAAAGCAUAUGUUGUGAUGGUGAAGUGCACAUUUUCGAUCGAUUAUUAAAAGCAUCUUUGGGCACUAUAAAUAUUGCCGUUUCUUAGAAUUUCUUGUCUUUUAAAAAGAACUAUUUUUAUGUAAUAAUUAUCGAUAUAAUCAGCAUUUAUAGUUAGUAGCAAAUUUAAUAUUUAAUUACAUAGGUGGAUUUUCUAUUAUAUUUGGUGUUUUAAAUUUUCCAAAUGCUUGUCGAUUAAAUGUUUUUCAGCUGAAUAAAAAGAAUUUUUCAUCGCUAAUCACUACAAUUAUAACCAUAUCGAUUGAUAUCGAUAUUAAUUGUUCCGAUUUUAGUGAAUUUAUUAUAGUUUGUACUUCUUUGCACAUUUAGAGAAAGAUAAAAACUAAGACCUUGACGAAACGCCAAUUAAUGCCACGCCCUGAUAGUAUUGUUAUUAUAUAAUAUAUUUAAUUUAGAAAAUAGGAAUUAAGGAAACAAAAUUUUUUGGGUCCGGUACUUUUUAAAAAAAUGUGUUUAAAAAGGCCAAAAAGGAGAUGAGCUUUUCAUUUGGCUCUCAAACUAGUCUGAAGCAUAGUGAUCGUAGUAGAUUUUCGCGAAGAACACACUUUAUUUUUUAACUAAUUAAUUUAUUCCAAAAUCUCAUGUUUUCCAUUACUGUUCGUUAAAACCUACUACAUCGCUAAUCUCGAAACAAUUUUUUGACAUUUAUAUUGUAUAUCUUUAAUCCACAAUGUCUUAAUGACAUAGAUUUUGUUAAAGUAUUGAUUGGCUACAAGGAAAAUUUCGCAUGACCAAAGUUACCAUAUAGAAAAACUUGUGUGUUGGAAGAAAUACGUCCUGUAGACCUGAAUUGGGCCAAUAACUUUAUAUGCCACAUGUUUCUAAUUAAAUUCAAUAAAUUACUUAUGAAAUGGGACUUGUGCCAUUUAAAAUUCAAUUACAAAGAAAUAAUUGUAUAAAAGAGUAUGGAUUUUACGUGUACCUUCCUAGAAAACCUGCUUAAUAAUCAAAUAUUUGUUUAUAAAAUUAUUUAUUUCCUUAUUAGAUAUUGUACAACCUGUUAGCUAAUUAAUUAAAUAUUUCUCUAGUUUUAUCAUCUUUUGGAUUUUGUUUUUAUAUCGACUUUUAACAAAUUUUAAUAGCGACCAAAGUGAAAACUAAAUAUUUGAUUCAUUUUUUUUCUAUUAAUGCACUUCUUGGCUAUUUUCUAAACUGUACAUUGUCGAAAAAAACUUUUGUUAUAAAGUGACUGGCUCGAUCGUUUGAAAGGCCCCGCAGGGACAUGUCUUUUCAUUCUAAGAAUGACAAGAUAUUUCCUAGAUUAGAGAAAGAAAGAAUGUGAUGCAAUCUUGCUUUCUUUGCGUAAUUGUUCAGUUAAUAUACUAUACUAAUGGCAAUUUUAAAAAAAAAUAUAUAUAUAUAGGAGCUUGGUUUUUUGUGGGUAUGAAAUUUGUCUGAUUGGAUUUGAAUGAAUGUAGAAGAAUAUUCGAGAUGUCUCGCAAUAGUUUAUGAAUUUGUAAAAUCAUUUCUUGUCAAAAGUAUAGAAUUUUUUUCUGAUAA